UGUAUUUUCUGCUUAAAAUUAUAAAUGAAAUAUAUAAAAGGUAGAUACUUUUAUUUUCAUUUUACCAAAAGUCACAUUCACUCGUAAAACAACGGCGGAUUGUGUUCGACACCUUGUAGGGGCUCGAAUUUGGUGUUCACCAAAUGGGUACUUCUAAGUUUUUGAGUCUGUCCUUGCGUUUUUGUUAAACGAACGGUGCAGAAAACACAAACUCAACUCUCGGUCUAUUACUUUAAGAGUUACAACUGAAAGAGGAUCCCUUCGCAUUGUUAAAAAUUGCCGGCAAAACAAAAGGAACCGGUAUUUUUUAACAUGAACGCUCUGGUUAGUAAGCAAUAAAAGCACUGAUAACAUUGUUUUUGCCAAGCUCUCAUUGGUCAAUCUCGAGUGAAGUGUUGUAACAAACCCGACUUUCUUUAUAUAUAGAUUAGUGUUAAGCACGACCCUUUCCUUAUCGCACGCGUAUAUUUGUUUUCUAUCAUUGUGACUUGGCUUUCGAUUACUGGACCUGUUGGAGUACCUACUGUUUUAACCCCUGGCAAACGUUUUCUGGACUUUGAGAUUCUUGUGUUCUAUGUUAUUGUGUUUUGUGGUGGCCUGAAAAUAAGGGUCAAAAGUUGCCGCAGCUUGACUUCUGAAAAUCUGCAAUAUGGAUCCUUACGAGAACCCCAUACCUGGAACUUCUCAAUCCUGGGAAGACCCCGCUUGGAACACGCUCCAUAUAGAAGAGACACUCAGGAUGAUGGAUCCAUUAAAUGAAGAUCCAAACAGAGAAGACACAAAUUUUUUUAGUAUCCAUUCACCUCAAUAUCAAAUCACAGAUUCCGAAUUAUAUGGAAUAUUGUCGGAAAACGUAAUAGAUGAAUUGGAGACCGAUAAUUAUAGUAACUCUGAUUUCGAAUUUGUUCAAGAAGAUACUCAACAAAACUAUGUUGCGCCUGAUGAAACAUGGAUGCCCGGAAACCCACAAAACUCCAACGAAUUCCUAUUUGUGAAGUCCCCCGGACUGAAAGAAGAUAUCGGUGAUGAGCCCAUCGAAUAUUUCGACGCGUUAUGCUCAUCCCAGCUGUUGGAAUUACUUACAGACUGUUCCAAUGAAUAUGGAGAAAAUGAGAAAACGUCGGCAGCGCAUACAAAAAGCAGAAAAAUAUCUUGAAAGCCUGUAACAUAUCAAGAAAUGAAACUUUUUUUUGGUCUGAUAUUUCAUAUGGGAUUUGUAAAACUAAAUCGCUUCAAUGAUUAUUGGAAAAACGAUGAGUAUUUUAAUCAAAAGAUAUUUGGAAAGGCAAUGUCAAGGAACAGAUUCAUGUUAAUUUUAAGAAUGCUAUGUGUGUAUGUGGGGCAAGUGACGUGUAGUUAUGAUAAAGUUAAAACUAUUAUUGACUAUUUUAAUGAAAAAAUGAUGUCUCUUUAUUACCCAACACAAAAAAUAACAAUUGACGAAUCAAUGAUGUUAUGGAGGGGGCGAGUAGCAUUUAGACAAUAUAUGAAGGGGAAGCGUCAUAAAUACGGCCUAAAGUUUUACGCACUGGCUGACCAGCUCGGGGUUAUUAUGAAAUUACAUUUAUAUGGCGGUGCAUCUGAUUAUCUUGUAGGCGGCAAAAAUCACGUGCAAAAAGUAGUUGAACAUCUGCUUUCAAAUUUUAUAAAUGUAGGACAACAUUUAUUCAUAGACAACUUUUAUACAAGCGUCAGUUUAGUCGAAAAAUUGUAUACUAAUAAAACCUUUUGCACAGGCACGCUUCGACAAAAGAGGAAAAAUAACCCUAGAGAAAUUGAAUCAGGUAAAUUAAAAAAAGGAGAAUUAUGUAUUGUUCACAAGAAUAAUAUAUGUGUGUUAAAAUGGAAGGAUCAAAGAGAAAUUAGGGUCAUAUCAAGUAAAUAUAAUGGAAAUUUAGAACACACGCGAAAUCGACGGGGUACAUUAAUAUUAAAGCCUCAAAUGGUUAUCAAAUAUAAUAAAUAUAUGAAAGCAAUCGAUCGGCAUGACCAAAUGCCGAUGUAUUAUUCAUGCGAGCACAAAUCUAUACGAUGGUAUAAAAAAGUAAUUUUACAUGUCAUGCAAAUUCUAUUGGUCAACUCCUUUUUUUUAUAUAAUAAAUUCAGUUCAAAAAAAUUAACGUUGUACGAUUUCCGCUUAAGUGUAAUUAAAUCAAUUAUAGAACCUCAUUUGCCUUCCGAAUUACAAAUGCCUUUAAAAAAUAAAGUUCAUUGUAUUAUGAAACUAACAAAAGAUACCCAUGGUAAAACAAAACGAAGGCGCUGCAACCAAUGUUGGCGCACAUUAAAAAAAAGGGUGCAAACCAUAUUUGCAUGCGAAGAUUGCCCUGGUCAGCCUGGAUUAUGUAUAAAGUGUUUUAGACCGUAUCAUAAAUAUUAA